GAGAAUUUCCUUAUUGUUUAUUGUAUUUAAUUAAACAAAGACUAGUUAAUUCCACGUGCGUACCAAAAAGAAGUCGAAACAGCAACUAUCUUUGCUACGGCCGAGCCAUCGAAAAAAAAAAAGUCGCAAAUAGAAGUGAAGCGGUAGAUUUUUGCCCAUAAUUUUUUCUUGUAUUACAAUUAGAUAAAUACUUCGCGCGUAUUCAGCGCGUAUUUAGUUCUUUUGCUGCAAUAACAAACGCUUGAAGUGAAAUAGCAAUGAUUAAAUCGAUAAAUCUUAAUGAUUAUUCGCGUUGCAAAUUAGACAAAAAAUGUGAUCGCGAAUCGUAAAUUACACCGAUUUCUGUUGAUUAGAAAUCACAAGGGAGAAAAAACGAUAUCUGCGCAAUUUCCUUACUGAGAAGUUUAAACUUCGGCUAGCGAUAACACAACGAACGGUACUUUCCGCUCAAUUUCCACCGUUGUCGUGGGAAAGUAUUCUUGUUCCGGUCGUGCAACGAUGCGGUUGUGGAUAUUGUACAUUUGUAUAUUUGUCAAAAAAUAUAUUUUAGUUUCUUUCUAUAAAUAUAAAUAAAAUUACAUAAUUAUAGACUGUAAAACUUUUUUUCGAUACAACUUUCAAAGAUAGUCUCGCACACCUCUUCUUGAUAAGAAAAUUCUUAUGGUUUUUGAUGUCAAAGAGGGACGGACUUACUGCGUUAUUUUUUUUUUUUCUUUUUUUUUUGUACGCUUCUAAUGUCGUACAAACAGACAAAAGAACGCGCGUUUUUACUUGGAGAUGUAAUAAAAAUAUGUUCUUAAGAUAAGAAUAAAAGAACGCGCAAAGUUGAUAUUCGCGGUUUUUUCAUCUCUUUGCGUAGUAUUCUCGAAAAACAUCCAUUCUCGAUUUUUCAUAGAUCGGAAUAUCCCAUUGAUGAGGAAGUAAAUAUUUCGAUUGUGUUGAGUAUAAAAUCCGGAAGCGAGCGUUCUUCAAAGAGCGUGUCGAGAGAAGCAGUGUCGUCAGCCGGAAAUUGAAAGAGAAACGUCCCGUGUGGACGUGGACGAAGCAAAAGUGAUCGCGAUGCGCUUGUCGAUUUGUAUCUUCUUUUUAAUAAAAAAUCCGCAACGCUUUGCUACGAUUGCGCCGAGAGCGUCGUAGCGCAAAUUCAGGAGAGAUACGAUCCACUCGCAAUUUCUAGCGCUAGUUCCACGCGAAAGUGCAGUUAUUCGAGAUAUGACACGUCGGCGAGCGUGUCGUGUGCGCAAAAUGGUUUUACGUCGUGUCGCGAAGACAGGAAGAAAAGUUCGUGAAAGGCAUUUGUCUUCUUCCAUUGAGACAUGAGUAGAAAAAUCUCUUUGUUAUUAUUCUGAUCACUCGGAUACGUGAAAUGAGUAUCAAUUAAGUGCUAAUUGUAUGCGAUAUGUAUAAAAUACUAUUAUUUAAUUUUUCUAACAGAUUUUGAAAAAAUGUAUUUUUUCUUUAGCUCGCUUUAUUCACAGUUCCAUGCAAGAUCCAAUGCAGAGAAACUACCUAAAUUUGUCGGAAUAGUCGAAUUCGGUUUUAAUCUGCUUGUUUUAUCGAGCGUAUUAAGAAUGUUAUAGACGCUUUUUAAUACGAUAUUUGAAGCGUUCUUAAGAAUCUGCUUUUUGUGAGUUUAUUGAGAUGUGGUUGGGAAAUAUAUGUGUAUAACCGAAGAAAAAUAAGUAGCCUAAAAUCCAUAUCGUUCUCGCCCCGUGUCGGAGCGUACUGAAAAUGCGAAUGAACGCCUCGCGUUCUAAUAACCUACUCUCACAACGUUGAGCGAGCGGACUAGCUAGCGUUCGACGGACUCCAGCGAUCGGUCGAGUUUAGUCUUCGAGCAGCCGGUUCCUCUCGAGGUCGGACCCUGUCCGCCACACGGGCUUGAAUCACCGCCCGCGGGAAAGCAGGAGGGCCUUCGUUUUAUUCGCGUGAAUUGUACGUAUGAAAAGAUUCUUUGCUUCGUUACAAUCAAUAAUUGCCAACAGUUUUCUGACAGUUUUCUUCACGGGCUAUUUUUCGUGCGCUAGUAUAAAAGAGAUCGGCUUUGUGAUCUCAGCAUGCGUUUCCUCGUAUUUAGUGUGACGUUGAGCGUGAAUCUGCUAGUCGUUUGGCAAGUUUCUGCCCAUGGAAGACUGAUCGAGCCACCCUCGAGAGCCUCUAUGUGGAGGUACGGCUUUAAUACACCUCACGAUUACAACGACCAUGAAUGCUAUUGCGGCGGCUUUACCAGGCAAUGGCAGCGUAACAAAGGCAAAUGUGGCAUCUGCGGAGAUAGCUGGGAUUCUCCGACGCCGCGCGCUCAUGAAACGGGCGGCAAGUACGGGAAUGGCGUGAUCGUGCGGCGUUAUCGGACCGGAUCUGUCAUUCCGGUUCGCGUAGAGUUGACGGCGAACCAUCAUGGCUACUUCGAAUUUCGCACUUGCGCCAUGACUUAUCGCGACCGAGAGGUCAGCCAGGAGUGCUUGGACCAAUAUCUGCUGCGCGCCGAGAACGGAUCGACUCGCUACUAUCCCGGUCCUGGUAACCGUGUUUUUGAAGGCUACUUUAAAUUACCGGAGGGUUUGACCUGCGCUCAAUGUGUGUUCCAGUGGCGAUACAUCGCCGGCAAUAACUGGGGUGACUGCGGCAAUGGCACAGGAGCAGUUGGGUGCGGACCUCAGGAAGAGUUUCGAGCCUGCGCUGACAUUGCCAUCGGUGACAACGAGACAAUACUGCCGAAACAGCCCACCACCGACUCUACAUUCGUAUCUACGCCGACGGACGCGAGUCCGUUACCGAAAUUCACCAGGCCAGACUGGUUGUUGAGCAUUGUGAUCGCUGGUACGUGUCUAUUGGUGGUGCUGAGCGCUAUGGCAUUGUUUUACGCGUACUACUACCACGCCAGUAAAGCUAAAAAGUGGCUCAUGGCGAGGAGACUCCUGGCGCAAGAAAAUCCACCGGUUGCUCCACCGAGACACAAAAAGCAUCAGCACGUAUCGAACACACAGUUGCAGCUUUAGUCUAAUCCAACUGUUUAUAUCGCACUUUGGGAAAAAACGGAGUUUCAAUUGCUCUCGAGAGAGAGAAGCAAUUUUGAGUGGAUUAUGUGGAUUAAAUCGUUGUGCGAUACAUCCUCGUGACACUCAAAGUACACGUACUUCGUCCCGAUUUUGUGGAGUCGGAUGACAGGCUCGUGUAAAACAUUCGGUAUUUCAAGCGAUAAAUUAAUACUUUCGUACUUUUCACUCACGCACACUCUUUGUACAUACAUAUCAAUUAUCUUGUAUUAAAAAUAUUUAUUUUGUAUAAUCUCA